AUGGAGCGCGCGGAGGCGGACCGCACGCGGGUGGCGCCCGAGAUCGUCGGCGGGAGCAGCCGCCGCCACGACCACCACGAGGCGGGCGCAGAGGACGCGGAGGCGGACCCGGCGCGGGAGCCGGAGCGGCUGCAGCCGUGGCGGGAGCAGGUGACGGCGCGGGGGGUGGUGGCGGCGGCGCUGAUCGGGUUCGUGUUCAGCGUCAUCGUGAUGAAGAUCGCGCUCACCACGGGGCUGGUGCCCACGCUCAACAUCUCCGCCGCGCUGCUCGCCUUCCUCACGCUCCGCGGCUGGACGCGCGCGCUGGAGCGCCUCGGCUUCUCGCCGCGGCCCUUCACCCGGCAGGAGAACACCGUCGUCCAGACCUGCGCCGUCGCCUGCUACACCAUCGCCUUCGGCGGUGGGUUCGGAUCGACGUUACUGGGUCUGAACAAGAGGACGUACGAGCUGGCCGGGAACUCGCCGGGCAAUGUGCCGGGGAGCUACAAGGAGCCUGGGAUUGGCUGGAUGGUGGGAUUCCUCCUGGCGAUUAGCUUCGCGGGUAACCUCAGCUUGAUUCCACUCAGGAAGGCUUUGGUCAUAGACUACAAAUUAACUUAUCCAAGUGGGACUGCAACAGCUGUUCUUAUCAACGGGUUCCACACCGCUCAAGGAGAUAAGAAUGCAAAAUUGCAACUCCAUGGAUUUCUAAAAUAUUUUGGGCUUAGCUUCUUUUGGAGCUUCUUCCAGUGGUUCUACACAGGAGGCAACGUGUGUGGAUUUGUUCAGUUCCCUACUUUUGGUCUGAAAGCCUGGAAGCAAUCAUUCUUCUUUGACUUUAGCCUCACAUAUGUUGGUGCGGGGAUGAUUUGCUCACACCUUGUGAACCUCUCUACCCUUGUUGGCGCGAUUAUUUCAUGGGGAAUAAUGUGGCCACUUAUCAGCAAGCAUAAGGGGGACUGGUACCCUGCAAAUAUACCUGAAAGCAGAAUGACAAGCUUGUAUGGUUACAAGUCAUUUUUAUGCAUUGCUCUGAUCAUGGGGGAUGGCUUGUACCAUUUUGUUAAAGUCACCGGUAUCACUGCUAAGAGCUUACAUAACCGAUUAAACCGCAAACGUGUUAGAAACACAGGAUCAGAAGACGGCGAUAUGGUUUCGCUUGAUGAACUACAACGUGACGAAGUAUUCAAGAGGGGCACCGUUCCUUCUUGGAUAGCAUACAGCGGCUAUGUCUUGCUAAGCAUCAUCGCGGUAAUCGCCAUACCGAUAAUGUUUCGACAAGUCAAGUGGUACUACGUGAUCAUAGCCUACGCGCUCGGUCCGGUGCUGGGAUUCGCCAACUCGUAUGGAACAGGGCUCACCGACAUCAACAUGGGGUACAACUACGGCAAGAUCGCUCUCUUCGUCUUUGCAGCUUGGUCCGGCAAGGACAAUGGCGUCGUAGCCGGCCUUGUGGCCGGUACCCUGGUGAAGCAGCUGGUGCUCGUCUCUGCUGACCUGAUGCAUGAUCUGAAGACGGGCCAUCUCACUCUGACAUCGCCAAGAUCCAUGCUCGUGGCAGAGCUCAUCGGGACAGGCAUGGGCUGCUUCAUCGCACCGCUGACAUUCAUGCUGUUCUACAGGGCAUUUGACAUUGGAAAUCCUGAUGGCUACUGGAAGGCGCCGUAUGCACUGAUAUACCGUAACAUGGCAAUCCUUGGGAUAGAGGGCAUCUCGGCGUUGCCGAAGCAUUGCCUUUCACUCUCCAUUGGGUUCUUCGCAUUUGCAGUGUUGACAAACGCGGUGAGAGAUGCCUUGCCGGCGAAGUACAAGAACUUCGUGCCGUUGCCGACGGCAAUGGCGGUGCCAUUCCUUGUAGGAGCGAGCUUUGCCAUUGACAUGUGUGUUGGGAGCCUGGUGGUGUUUGUUUGGAACAAGAUGAACAAGAAGGAGGCCGCCUUCAUGGUGCCUGCUGUUGCAUCUGGGCUGAUGUGUGGGGAUGGCAUAUGGACGUUCCCUUCUUCUAUACUUGCUCUAGCCAAGAUUAAGCCACCGAUCUGCAUGAAGUUUACACCCGGGAGCUAGAGGGUAGGGUGUUUCAUGGAUGGAGGAUUGCAGAAAAUAAACGGUGAUGAUUAAUUGUAAAUGUGUUCUUCCUUGUAAUGACUUCUACUUCUGGUAGUUGGUGUCCAUAUCCAAUUCACGCUUUUGUUUCAUUGUAAAGUUGUAAUUAUGGCUAAAGCUUGAAUUAAUACAUUAGGUUCUAUAUUUAGCA